CGCAAAGAAAUGUGCGCACGGAAAGUAACACGGCAGUGCUGACGCUGAGUGAGUAUAUGAAAAAAAGAGAAGUAUUCAUUGCUCAAAAAGAAAAACUGCAUGCAACAGCAGAUCCACAAAGAUUUUAUACGAGAGUGGGGCAGGCAACAGUUUUUGCUUUCGUCGUUUUUCUCGUGUCUACCAAUCGUCUAAAGGAAUAGAAAAGGACAAGAAUAAGCAGUCAUGUUUGCCUCUGCGAGCGCCACAAUGGCGAGCCACUUGCUUCCGUUACAGGAAUACGCGAAGGUAUGGAAGCGUCAGGAUUGAAAUCGUCAAAGUUGAAAUGAUCUGUAAUGCAUAAAAUGCUACGCAAAAAGCGACCCUAUUGCAGAGGAUGCAAGGAAGGCGGAUUGUAGUCCUGGUAAGGGUUAAGUGUUGGGCUGCUGACUAGCAUGACAGAAGGCAGCCCUUUUGCCCCAACCCGCAUGACAGAUUCGCCUCCAGGAUGGGGAGAAUUUGUCAUGCGCCGACUACAAACUGUGGGUCUAACUGGCAUCGAUUUUGUGCAUCACAACUUUUUCGAUUUUGACGAUUUCGAUCCUGACACCCCCAUAGAAGGAUGUUCUGAUGAAGGCCCAGCGGGACAUCCUCGGCGCCCGGCCAACCGAGGAGCACGCGGCAGCGACGGUGGUGGUGCUGGUCAUUGUCAUGACCGCGGUUUUUGGAUUUUGUAUCCUGUUUAUGAAUUGCAACUGCAAAAGCACAUUAUGUACAGCUUCGCAAUUCCGAGACGAAAGGGAUAAAAAAGGCGAGACUUGUAUUAAUAUUAGUGCGGCAGUAAGUAUUGUGAAAGGUUGCAUAUACAUAAAAGUGCAAAAGCGUACGAAUAGCUUUUGCUUUUGCAGGUGAUACCGUCCUGUGUGGUUUGCAUCUCCACCUGUUGUGGGAAGCGGAGCGCCGACGAAGAAAUCGGACUGCCCGUUCAGAAAUUUGCCACUGCGAAAGAAACCAAGAAGGACAAAUGAAAAGCGGGUGGGGCCGCCGCGGGAACCACUUGUAACAAGACAGGAACAAGAACCUGGAGGUACUACCAGAACCACGUCUAUCUGUAGGACGCGAGCCAGCGCUACUUUCACCAACUUCUCACAGCCGUCGACGUGAAAGACAUCAAAUCAUUUAUGCGAAAAGCAGUGUGCAACUUGCACGACCAUUGAUUGUGUCCAGAAAGAAAAAUAACUACUACCCGACGUUUACAUGAAGAUCGAGGAAGAACUAGUGCAGUCUUCUUAAAGUGAAAAUGUGGGAGGCCUCCUCGACAAGAACCCUCGAAGCAGUGAUCAGUUGCAAAAGUCGUCGUGCAGGGAAACAAGAGCAAGCUGAGUAAUCUCGAAAGAAGUACGAAAAGCAACCAGUACUGAGGCGUCGGAGGGAUGGACUCGUGUGAUUUUUGGAACUUUACUACGAAUGUUCUGUUCAACACUCGAAAGAAGAUGGAAAAAGAAGUUCAGCUACGCGCUCGUCUCGUGGAGAUGUCCAGCUCGAGAUGAAAUACCUUACUUUCGUG